GUUUCAUGGUGAAGGAUAUCAGGAGGGGUAUGCUGAAGGCAGUCAUGUUGGAGUUGUUGAGGGAAGGAGGUAUGGAUCACUCCAUGGUGCCAAGAUCGGGUCUGAGAUUGGCUGCUACCUUGGGUUUGCACUGACAUGGCGGUGUCUGCUCCAGAAAUGCACAGAUGAAAAGAACAGCAAAAAGAUAAGGGCUCUGGAUUCCUUAAUAAGGAUGAUUCAGAAAUUCCCAUACGAAGACCCCACUUAUGAUAAGCUGCAAGAAGAUCUGGAAAAAAUCAGAGGAAAAUUUAAACAGGUUUGUUCAGUGCUAAAUAUUCAGUCUGAUUUUAGAAUCAGUACUGAAAGCUCUUCCCUAACAUUUUGAAUAUAACAGAUGAAGAUAAACAUGGAUGACCAAAGAAGAAACAUUAAAAGAACAGAUAACUGGAGAA